CUCAGCCCAUCCCAAAAAUAACCGCGGCUGUGUGAGUCUGUUGUGGGUUGGAUUAAAUUGAUCGGAUGGUUGAUCAUUGUAUUCUCCGCUGAUUCAGAUGACCGUGGCUAGGUGUAGCGUAGCCUUGUUACCAUUUCUAUGCGUUAUCUGAUUGAAUGAUCGAGAAAAGCACUAUUUCUUAUCUCGAUUCGCUAGUGGUCAUUGACUGGUCGAUCGAUAAGCAAUCAUGAAUGAAUCGCAGUUGAUAACCAUGGACUAGGACAAAGCGUCCACCUAAGCGGAAUGAUCCUUAUAAAAAGGAACGGCUGGAACUCAAGCAGCACAGUUCAACUUUUCCUUUCCAUUCGUCGAUUACCACAGCAUAGAGUCCUGCGAUUCAGGGAAUCAUGUUAGUUAAGCUGUUGUUCCUCGCCCUGGUGGGGAUCAGUACUGCCUACCAGUACUCAUACCAGUACAAGUUCCCCUACGGACGUCCGGAUAUCAAAAACGGAUUUGAAUAUGGUGCUUGGGAGCCCAACCGCCAGUAUGUCUACAACGUAACCUCGAAGACUAUGACCGCUCUGCCGGAUCUGGAAGACCAAUGGACUGGCACCUACACCCGUGCCUACCUGGUAUUCCGUCCGAAGAGCUCGGAGUAUGUCUUUGGCUACGUCAAGCAGCCAGAAUACGCCGUCUUCAACGAACACCUGCCUCAAGGCUACAACACCGAUCCUCAAUACCGCAACUUCAAGUGGCGUCCAAUGCCAAUGAGCUCGAAACCGUUUGCCAUCCGUUACUUCAAUGGAGUCAUCAAGGGUUUCUACGUUGAAAAGUCUGUGCCCAACCACGAGGUCAACAUCCUGAAGGCUUGGCUCAGUCAAUUCCAGCUGGAUACCCAGGGAGCUCACAUGUACAAAUCUAAGUACAACCAAGUCCCCGGAAACAAUUCUUUCACUGGUAUGUACGAAGUCAUGGAACCAGUUGUAACUGGCAAGUGCAAGACCCUGUAUGACGUCAGCGUUAUCCCACCAUACCUGGUCCAAGCCAACAAGCAUUGGGUACCUCUGCCUCAGCUCCGUGAGGAAGGCCAAUACUUCUUCCAGGUCGUCAAGACCCAGGACUUUGAUCAUUGUAAGCAACGCAUGGGUUACCACUUUGGCUUCAGCGGAUACAGCGACUUCCGCCCCAACACCAACAAGAUGGGUAACGUUGCUUCCAAGUCUGCUGUCACCAACAUGUACCUUACCGGAACAUGGUACAACUAUACCAUUCAGUCGUCCAGCACUGUGAACAAAAUCGCCGUUGCCCCAUCUCUGGUUAACAAGAACAAGGCCUUCGUGUACGCUUCCGUCAACUGCACCCUGAACCGUGUUGAAGAAUACAAACAGACCCCAGUGGGCCCUGCUGAAGAUCAGAAGGUUUUCGUCGACUUGGUCUACAGCUACAACAUGCCUAGCGACAAGAAGAACUAUGUUCGCCCAGGAAACGAAACUUCCUCCUCUUCAUCGUCUUCAUCAUCCUCGGAAUCAAGCUCGUCUAGCUCAUCCAGCUCAUCGGAAUCUUCCAGCUCCGAAUCGCGGGAGAAUCCUAAGGUCAGCCCAGUCUACCAGUACAAAGCUCAACUGGACGAAGUUGAAAAGCGUGGCAACCGCAACCGUCGUGACCUGAACGCCUCCAAGGAAAAGAAAUAUUACGAAGCCUACAAGAUGGACCAGUACCGCCUGAGCCGCAAGAACGAUACCUCAUCUGACUCCAGCAGCUCUGAUGAUUCCUCUUCCAGCUCCAGCUCAUCUAGUAGCCAAGAGUCCAACGAACGCAACAACUCAUCCUCUUCUGACUCUUCCUCGUCAUCCUCGUCCUCAUCUUCGUCCUCAUCCUCGUCCUCGUCUCAAUCCUACAGCUCGUCUUCCUCAUCUGAAUCGUACUCUUUGAGCAGCGAGGAGUUCUACUACCAACCCGCCCCCGAAAGCUUCAAGGAUGCUCCUCAGGCUCCCUUCCUGCCAUUCUUCACCGGCUACAAGGGAUACAACGUUCAAUACGCUCGCAAUGUUGAUGGUCAGCGUUCCAUCUACAAACUGGUCCAGGAAGCCGUCGAUGAACUACAGAAUCCAUCCACUCUGCCCAAGUCCAACACUCUGAGCAAAUUCAACAUUGUCAGCCGCAUUUUCCGUACCAUGAGCUACCAGGACAUCUAUGAUAUUGCCCAGAAGUACUUCGUUUCGCUGCAAGAACGCAAGGAAGGAAAUAACCACAGCGAGAAGUUUGCCAAGCGUCUUGAUGCUUGGUACUUCGUUCGUGAUGCAUUGGCUGAAGCUGGUACUCCACCUGCCUUCAAGGUUAUCAAGGAAUUCAUCGAAGAGAAGAAACUGCGUGGCUACGAAGCAGCUGGCGUUUUCUCUACGCUGGUUGGAUCGAUCCGCUACCCAACUGAAUCGUUGCUGCAUGAAUUUUUCCUGCUGGCUACCUCCGACACUGUCCAACAUCAGGAAGGUUUGAACACUACUGCUCUCUUCGCCUACAGCUACUUCGUCAACCAGGCUCACGUUAACAACCGCUCGGCUUACAACUACUACCCAGUCUACAGCUUUGGACGUUUUGCCGAUGCCGACUACAAAAUUGUGGCCCACAAGAUCGUGCCAUGGUUCUCUCACCAACUUCGUGAAGCCGUCAACAACAGAGAUAGUGUCCGGGCUCAAGUCUACAUCCGCUGUCUUGGAAACCUUGGACAUCCGGAAAUCCUGAAUGUGUUCGAGCCAUACCUCGAGGGCAUGCACCAUGUCAGUGAUUAUCAGCGUCUGGCUAUGAUUGUCGCUUUCGAUAAACUGGUUGAGAACUACCCACACCUGGCCCGUUCCGUCUUGUACAAGGUCUACCAGAACAUUGGAGAUAUUCAUCAAAUCCGAUGCGCUGCCGUGCACUUGCUUAUGCGUGCCUAUCCCCCAGCUGAUAUGCUCCAACGCAUGGCCGAGUACACCUACUACGACCCUAGCCGCUAUGUGCGCGCUGCUGUCAAGUCUGCUCUGGAAUCUGCUUCUGAAUCCUACGAUUACGAUUACUACAACGGUUUUGCCGAGAACGCCAAGGCUGCCAUUAAGUUCCUGAACCCAGAAGACUUCAGCUUCCAGUAUUCGUCGUCUUACAUCCGCGAUUACGCCUUCGAGAAUCUGGAACAGUCUUAUCGCAUGUACUACGGACAAAUCGCUGCUGAUGACCACUUCAUGCCCAACGGUAUGUUCUUCCAGCUGCGCAACAACUACGGCGGUUUCAAGAAGUACUCCUCGUUCUAUUACCUCUUCUCGAGCAUGGAAUCGUUCUUCGAUCUGAUUGAUAAGCAAUACGAUAGCAGCUACUUCAAGGAUGACUACAAAUCGUCUGACUAUUAUUACAAGUACUACAAACAGUUCCCCAACAAGAAGAGCGAAUACUUCGAUAAGUACUACAAGUCUCACGGUCCACAGAGCGAUUACUACCAGAAGUUCGCCAAGGCCGAGUACAACGACAAAGAACCACAGAAGUACUCCACCACUCGCAUCGCCAAGCUGUUGAACAUUGACCCACGUGAAGCUGAGGAACUGGAGGGACAAUUCAUGACGAAAUUAUUCAACGGAUACUACUUCUACGCCUUCAACAACCAGACCAUAGAAAACGCCCCCCGUUACAUCAAGAAAUUCUUCGAGGAUUUGGAGGAUGGUUUGAACUUCAACUACACUAAGUUCUACCAACAAGACGAAGCUACCCUUGCCUUCCCAUUGGCCACCGGUUUCCCAUUCGUGUAUACUCUGAAGACUCCAACUGUAUUCAAGUUCGAAACUGAAUCCAAGGUCAAGACCUACCCAAGCGUCCACCAGAAGCCAGCCGGACAUCCAGAAAAUGAGAACGACGAUUUCAUCUACUGGCCAAAGAUGCUGAAUGGAUCCGUUGAUGUUAAUCUGCUGUACCAUCGCAUGCAGGAUGCCAAGAUUGGAUUCGUUACUCCAUUCGAUCACCAACGCUAUGUCGCAGGCUACCAGAAGAAAAUCUAUCUUAACCUGCCAUUCUCUAUUGAUCUGUCGUUGAACUUUGAAACUGAUGAAUACGAUUUUGAAUUCGCACCUUUGGAACCGAAGAAGGAUCAGCUGUUCUUCCACUUGAGCUCUUGGCCAUACACUGGUUACAAGGACAUCACUGAAAUGCGUCCAAUUGCUGAAAGUCCUUCCGUCAGAAUUGUUCAUGACGAUAAUCAGUCUACCAAGACCUUCGAUUACACUUUCGGACAGGAUAUGACUGGAUUCGCCCUGCGCUGUCACGCCAAGUACGAUCAGGACUUCUUCAACUUUGAACAGUUCUACGAGUACUUCAAGCAGUACGACUUCUACUCUGCAUUCUUCUAUCCAUUCGCUGCUCAGCCUUAUGAAUACCAUCAGUUCAACAUGUACUACGAUGCCCAGCGUACCGAUGUGGAGAAGAUCAAGUUCUCGGCUCAUUACAAGGAAGGAGACUUCGACCAGGACUUCCAGGAUUCCGAUGUCAAGCACCCGAAGGGACGUCAUGGCUACUCUGGAUACUACAACGAAGCCAACUACGCUCAACCCUUCGUGUUCUCUGCUGCCAGCCACCGUCGUCAGGAGCAAUUCAUCAAGAACGCUGCUGCUGGUAUCCGCAACAGUGAUGUUGGAGUGUUCGACUUUGGAUUCACUUUUGAAGGAAAGAAACAGAAGGCUGAAUAUGUCUUCACCACUGCUUACGCUGACAGUCCAGUCGAUGAGAAGUCCCGCUUCCUGUUCUUCUUCUCUGGAAGCCCAUACUACCAGUCGAACUACUUCUUCGGUAUGCCAUACCAUGGCAAACAGUUCCAGAUGUGCUUCUCGGCUACCAACGAGUUCCCGAAUGUACCUAAGCUCAACUUCUUGAACGCCUUGAACCAAAACGAAGAUGCCGACCUCAAGUGGGAACUGUCUUAUGGUGAGAAGUGCCAGGGAGGAACCCAGUUCUCCAUGAAGGGUAAACUGCACCAGACGGACAAAUACCGUCACUAUCUGCGCACCUCGAACGUAGGCUCAGCCUGUAAGGAACAGAUGGACCGUGGUUUCUACCAACUGAAGGAAUGCCAGAACGCCACCCGACAGGCCAGCUAUUUCGAUCAAUACUUCUUCAAAUUCGACUUCAAGGACUUCGAUUCUUACUCCAAGAACUUGACCUACAAGUUCUACAACUACUUCCAACAGUUCGCCUACCCGUACUACCAGUCUAACUACUUCUACAAGGGCAAGGACAACCAAGCUCAGUUCAACUUCGAGUUGGCCCCGUACGCUGAUUACUUCAACGCUUCCUUCUACGGACCCGAGUUUGCCUUCAAGGUUGAAAACUAUCCGAUCUACAACUACUACUACAGAUACUUUGCCACCGUGCACUCCGAUCUAUCGUUCUUCGAUCGUUUCGCCACCUACGCCUACCGCGGACAGUACCACCCAUCCUGCUCCGUCUCCAGCAAGUAUGUUGCUACUUUCGAUGGAAAGACCUACGAUUACAACAUGGGAGAUUGCUGGCACGUCCUGUUGCACACCGUGAAGCCAGACUACGAGUACUACCCUUACCAGUCGCACUUCCAGAACUCUGACUACGAGUACCGCUUCAAGAACGGAUUCGAUGAGGAUCAGCAAAUCACCGUUUUGGGACGUUCCGGAUCGAACCACGAAAUGUACUUCAAGGUCAUCCUUGGACAGUACAAGCAAAACGACUACAACAUUGACAUCAUUCCUAAUGGUGCUGAUCUGCCAAAGGUUUACAUCAACGGAAAGCCGCAACAAGUUCACGACAAAUACGCUGUCGAGUUGUACACCAACGACAACGGAGGCGAACAGCCACUGUUCCGUUGCUACGCUCUGCCCGGAAAUGAACUGGAAAUCAACAUCCGUAACGAUGGUCUGAAGAUUGUGCACGAUGGAUACCGCGCUCGCUUCUUCGCUGACCAGUCGUAUUACAACAACUUUGUCGGUCUGUGUGGAACCAACAACGGAGAAUACUACGACGAUUUCGUCACCCCUGAUCAGUGCUACUUCCGUAAGCCAGAGUACUUCGCUGCUUCGUACGCUCUCACCGGACUGAACUGCACCGGACCAGCCAAGGCCUUCAACUAUGCUUACCAUCAGCAGGCCAAGGAAAAUUGUGUCAAGCGUGAGGUCUACUACGGAAACGUGAUCUACGAGCAGGACUUCUACCGCAAGCGUUACCGUUACUACAACCACAACAUUGAAGAGUCGGACAGCUCUUCCUCGUCUUCGUCGUCAUCCUCGUCGUCUGAUUCGUCGUCUUCGUCAUCUUCUUCGUCGGAAUCUCGUUCUCACAGCCAUUCCAGCAGCAGCUCGUCUAGCUCCGAGGAGAGCAAGGAAUACCGCCCGCACCAGCAGGAGUACUCCACCAAGAAGUGCGAAGUCAAGCACCAGUACCAGUUCUUCGAGCAGGGUAGCCAAAUCUGUUUCUCGAUGCGUCCACUGCCGGCCUGCCCAUCCCACUGCGCUGCCACCGACAAGACUCCGAAGUACUUUGACGUUCACUGCCGCACCGCCGACGACCCAGCGGCCAAGGUGUACAAGAGCCAGAUCCAGAAGGGCCACGCCCCGGACAUGAAGUCCCACUCGGUGUCCAAGACCGUCAAGUUCAACAUCCCGAAGACUUGCGUGCACAGCCAGUAAUCAUGGACUACGGACCCCCUCGCUUUCAAUGGAAAACUAACGCAAUUAUCAAGUGAAUAAAGCAAAU